AUGAAUGCAGAUCUCAAAGGUCUUAAGAAGUUUUUCAAAGAUAAGGCGAAUUUCGUACUUAGUCAAUGGUUCUUCAUAGCCCUUGCGGUGCUCAUUGUGAUUGCUAGAUUUGCACCAAAUUUUGCCAGAAAUGGGGGUCUGAUAAAGGCUGAAUAUACCAUUGGGUAUGGAGUUGUGGCUCUCAUAUUUCUGCAAAGUGGAUUGAGUAUGUCCACAAAAAGCAUGUGCCUCAAUUUGUUCAACUGGCGAGCGCAUGUUGUCAUGCUUGUAUUGAGUUUCCUAGUAACGAGUUCUAUCCUCUUUGGAUUCUGCUACGCCAUAAGAAGUUCAGGCGAUGAAACAAUAGAUAAAUGGGUUCUAGUUGGCAUGAUUAUGAUGGGUGCGAGCCCCACAACAGUAGCCUCAAAUGUCAUUAUGACCCGAAGUGCAGGAGGUAAUGAUCUUUUAAGCCUUUGUGAGGUCUUCAUCGGAAAUGUUUUGGGAGGGUUCCUGACUCCCGCCAUCGCACAAAUGUACUUGAAUACACCGCUUUUCAAAUUUGGAAAUCCAACCCAAAAUUCGAGCAUGCGGGAGUUAUACGCAAGUGUGAUGAAGCAAAUAGGAUGUUCUGUGCUUGUUCCCCUUUUCGUGGGACAGGUUGUUCAAAAUAUUUUCCCUCAGCAGGUAAAAUGGACUUUAUCAACCUUUAAACUGAACAAGCUUGGAAGCAUCUGUUUACUCCUAAUUAUGUUCAGCUCAUAUUCCACAGCUUUUUAUCAACAUGCCUUCACGAGUGUAUCGCAUGUAUGCAUCAUUUUCAUCCUCCUUUUCAACCUUGGCAUAUACCUAUUCUUCAGCGUUAUUUGCUUCUUUUGCGCUAGGCCCUUCUGGGUUCCUAGAAUUUUUCCCGCAGAACUCAGUAACGAAUCCUCGAGAUUUUACAGACUCAAUUAUGAGUUUUUUAGGCCCUUUUUUUAUGGGCGAAAAGAUACCGUGGCAAUAUUAUAUUGUGGCCCAGCGAAAACAGCUGCCUUGGGUGUCUGGUUAAUCACGGCUCAAUAUGGAAGUGAUUUUCCUCAACUAGGUAAGUUAUUGGUACCUUUCGUUUUAUAUCAAAGUGAGCAGGUUGUUGCUGCAAAGCUAUUGGUUCCACUUGUGAGGAAAUGGGCCCUGAAGGAAGUUGAGUCCGAUGAAAGAAACAUGAAUUCAGGGGAGACCAGCAGUCUCAAAAGUAGCAUAAGCCGUUAA